AUGUCUGAUUGCUCUGUCUCUGCUGCCUCCAUCUCUGCUGCCACUAUCUGUCACUUGUAUUCUGCUCCCAUCUCACUAACUACUCCUGCCACUGCUCCACCAUCACUGCCACUGCCCACUACUGUCUCUCUGCCUCCCUCUGGCACCAACAGGGUCUCCAUUUAUCAAAUAGCAGAUAUUAAAGUCCCUGUCUGGUUCAUAAAGCUGAUUCUGAAGAAGCAGGAGGAGAAGGAGGAAAAGAAGAAAAAGAAGAAGAAGAAAAAGAAGAAGAAGAAGAGAAAGAAGAAGAAAGAGAAAGAGAAUAAUAACAAUAACAAGAAUAAUGAUAAUAAUGAGAAUGAUGAUGAUGAUGAGAAUAAUGAACUUGCUAUUUAG